AUGUCGGGUGUACACGCGCUUAACAGAGCAUUGGCUGUCCGCAGGAUCCACGACGUGGACAACAACACAAAGCUGGACGGGCUGGAGAUCCUGCAGGCCAUCCUUCACACGGCGCCGCACCGGCUUGCAGCCCUCGCCGGGAAGGCGGGCGCGUACGGCGGGGCGCCCGGGGACGCGGCGGGGAGCGCGGCGGAGCGCGCGCGGCCAAGCGGCGGUGCAGCAGGAGGCCGAGCACGCGGACGACCUCGCCUACUUCGUGGGGCUUUUAUCCAGCCGUCAGCUGGUUAUCCAUUACGUCCCGCUGGGACACCUGUUCGACCAUACACUAGACAUCAACACACUUGCGGGUUCUUCGGGGUCAGUCGAACGCGAGGCUCUCCGCGACAACACCUCGACCAUCCAGAGCUGAUCGACCGCGUGCUGCUGGAGGACGACCUGGACCGCGACGGCUACCUCAGCUACGUGGAGUACGUGCUCGGGCGGCAGCGCGACGACGCGCAGCGGCACGCGGCAGCGCUUCAAGCGGCCAGGGCGCGCACCACCCGGCGCCGAUGAGAUGGUCCCGCCCGCUCGCUCGUUCGCGCGAGGGAAUCGAUCGUCCGAAAGAGUCGUUCGCGUGAAGGAAUCGUUCGUGCGAAAGAAUCGUUCACGUGAAUGAAUCGUUCGUACGAAGGAGUCGUCCACACCAAAGAAUUGGUCUCCAAAAGGUCUCAGAUUCGUACGAAGGAAUCGUGCAAACCACGAUGUUAAAAUGGCAUAUUUCUAAGCUGUAAACAUGACUUAAAAUGAAAUUCUAUACCAGUUUGGAAGCUUGGUGAGGAUAUAUAAAAAAAAACGUCCGCAACUGAACGGGUACACCUCUACUUUCAGCAAAAUCGUGCGGCAGAUUAAGAAACAUAUUUCGGCUUUUAUCGUCUAAAAUCGACGAGCAUACACGUACUUGAUGUUUGAGAUUAGUGACCAUUGGCUUAAAAAUACCAUGAGAGCUUUUUUCAUCGUCGACAGGUUAAGCAGCUAACGACGCCGAGCCCCUGGCCCAAGGGAUAAAAGCCACUGACUGACUACGACUGACAAUUACUAACUAACAACGUAAGAUUACUCCACGUUCGACGCCAUUUUGUUAGGGAAAAAAGGAUUUUUUUUUAACUUGUCAAUGGUCAUUUUGGAGUCAUUCUAAAUACUCUCGUUGGCAAGAGCACAGUCGGAGUAUCACUAAACGAUUAUUCAAAAAGGCUCACUAUGGGGCUAAAUGUAAUUCAUUGGUACAGUUUAGAAAUAUGUGUGAAGGUAGAGCCAGACAUGUAACAACGUAAUGUAAUGCAACACCGACGAGCAACUUAACAUUCCAUAUCGCAACAGCACAUCGUCGAGACAUGUACAUUUUAAGUGCAUCAGGACAUCUUUGAUGUGUCGUUGGAUAAUUGACAAAACGUGCCGAUGACGCGAUCUGUCGCUCUCUGGAGAAACUAUUUCAGAGUAUUCCAGCGCCCUCUGGAGAACCAAUUCACACAAUUUCAGAGGACGCUGUCUGAUGCUACGAUGUUGCAGUUACGUUGUGUCUAACAAUGAUACGCAAUGGCAUUGCAUAUAUGUUAUACAUUUUUGGAACCACCUUACGAGAAUACAGCUAAUUCAACUUGAUACUAGUGUCAAGCAAGGUUUUUGCUUAUUCGUGCAUUGCAUUGGAUUCCACUUAGGUUCAUAAUGAUGUCUCCUUAACAAGAUUUCUGUUUUAAAGAUGUGGUAUUUUAUUAUAUGCACACGUUUUCUUGAGCAUCAGAAUUCUCCUCUUCUUUGCCAAAACGGUUGAAAAUAAGUAAAGGUAUAUGCGAGAUUUGAUAAUCAGAAAUAUUUAAUAUUAAUGUAAUAAUAUUUACUCCUAUUUCGUAGAAAGUGUUUCCUUCGUCAAACGAGCUAUAGAGUUGACUUAAUAGUACUGGAGUCGAAAUAACCAAAUUCUACACCACUUGAAUGUAACGAGGUGAGAUGUCAAGAAAAUAUGUGCCGAUUAUUUAUAUCGAGGACGCGAAAGAAUAAAGUUCUUUUUUAGGAGUAAUAAAGAUGGAUCGAAAAUGUUUUCGUUUACAUCUUACUUCAAAUUGAUUCGCCAUUGUCCGCCAUUUUGUCGAAGUUCUACCUAUAGUAAAUCAAUCGCAGCACUAUACGCGAGAACUAGUCUCGAAAUGUUUGUUUUUAGAUGGAAGAUGAAGUACCUCUUCCCUGCCACCAUGGUUCGCUUUGAACCCUAAUCAGAAUCAGGACGUAAGUGCCAAAGUAACUGCCAAAGACACGCAUUUAUAGCCAAUAAAUUUUGACCCAUAAUACCAUGCCAAAUCGAUAUGGCUGUCGUUCAUGUUAAUCCGAUCGCGAUUGCGAACUCGUCGUUCUUUGUGAAAAAUUUGUAAUAUCUUCUCAAAAUAAUUGUACAAUAGUCUGAUAAAAGUUCUAAGAGAUUAACAGCUACUGAAUUACGAAGCAGAGGUGAUUCCUUUUUCCAAUCAAUUCCGAUUUCGAUGUUUGGUGACGUCACAACAGGGUUGACAAAGCUGAGUGGAGAAUACGUGACUGCUCUUCUAUGUGAGUCAAUGUUGAAAAUUUGUUUUUUGUUGCCACUGCUACUUCUGAAACUUUUCAGGAAUGCGUUAUUGCGUAAAAAAAAUGUCAUAAGAAUGCCUUUAGGUAUUAUCUGUUCAGUCAUGUGAGCGAUUUUUU